AUGGAGACGGCGCGCUCUGCUCUGCUAGCUGGAGGCAUAUCCGGUGCAAUCACCCUGCUCCGACCCUCAAGGCUGUGUGGCUGCGGGCUCGCUGGAAAUGCUUGUGGUGGCGACGUGGCAGCCGGGGGCAAAGUGGGCAUUUUUCUUGUCAAAGGGAAAACUUUGGAAAAUUUUGCUAAAGGGAAGACUUUGGAAAAAAUUUCUUGUCAAAGUGGGCAAUUUUGGCGACGCCCCAAUUCUAUCCAUUCCCCUUCGCCCCCACCCGCGCCGCCGUCCGCCGUCGUUGCUCACCCCCCUCGCCGCAGAGCAGAUCCCCCACCGCCGACGCUCCUCCGGCCGGAUGAGAAGCGCGCCCGCGCGCUACGGUCACUAGGUAAGCUCAGCCCUCUUCGUUCAUCGCGCCAGCCCUCACUUCUCCGGCAUGACGGUUUCGAUUCUGGAUGCCCGCGGAUCCGUAGGCUUCGUCGAUGGCGUCGCCGGGGCCGUCGUCCGCUCCGGCCAGCCGAUCCGGGCGCCGGCGUGCUGCCCCCGGACCUGCUGUUCGACGUCCUGCUGCGGCUGCCCGCCAAGGAGCUCUGCCGCCUCCGCGCCGUCUGCCGCUCCUGGCGCUCCCUCACCUUCGACCCGCUCUUCGUCGGCGAGCACGCGGCGCGCCACCCGCUCUUCCUGGCCAAUUUCCGGGACGACAGGGCGCGCGUCCAUGUCGUGGAUCUGUCCGGCAACGUGGUGAAGGUGAUACCCAACCCGGACGGCGACCGGCUGCUCCCCACGCGCCUCGAUCUGGCCUGCGCAGCGACGGCCGUACACAUCUUUCGCAUUUGGGAGGAUUGGCGCUACCGGAGAGUACAAGGUGCUACGGAUGUUCAGCUGGCCCAGGUUCCCUUUCCAGCCAUGCACAGUGGAGGGCGAGGCCGAGCCAUGAGAAAUUCGUCGACCCAGGCAGCGCCAUCGUCGUUGGUGAGCAUCUAUUCGUUUGACCUUGAGAGAGAGGAAUGGAGGGGAAUUCUGCGAGGGCCAAUACAUGACAUCUUUCAAACCGAUGAGUAUGAUGAUGAUUUGGGUGACUACCUUUCCCUUUGGUAUCGGACUACUCUAGCUGAUCUGAGAGGCUCAUUAGGUCUUCUGCACUACCGCAAGCACCAGCACAUCAUGGACCUCUGGCUUCUGAAAGACUUCGACAAUGGUCUCUGGGUGAAAGCGUACAGGAUUCAAAUUGAACCAAUUUUCCCUACUACCGAGAGCCAUGUAAAUUCAUUGUUUAUGUUAGAUGACGGAAGGAUAGUCAUCCAUUUCGCACUAACUGGAUGGCUGUUCAUCUAUGAUCCAAGAACCAACACUUCUGCACAAGUGGAGAUGAGACAACUUGAUGCGCUUGCGAUGUACACUGGAAAUCUGCUGACUUUACAAGUUGGUGACAUGGUGUAGUGUUGUAACUUGCUGCUA